UUCUUCACUGUAUUGAUGGCCACUUCAGAUUUCUAAAAUUUGGACUACAAGCUUGAAGAAAUAUUGAUUAAAUAGCUGAUUGCUAACAGUUGACACAGUGCAAGGACUGGAAGAAGAAGUAGUCUACCCGUCAACAUGAACUUUAAUAAUCGAUUUGAUCCAUUUAAUGUUUUUGAGGUAAAGCAUCGACCACCAACAAUUUUAACAAUAAAAGUUUUAAAAGGUUAUAAUAUAACAAAAGGAUGGGCAAAAGAUUGGAUGGAUACACCCGAUCCAUAUGUUAUAUUAUCUAUAAAAACAGCUCCAAACAGUUGGCAGAAAACAACCGUCAAAGAUAACGAUAUAAAUCCUGUUUGGGAUGAAACAUUCACUUUCUUUCUUGAUCCAGUAAACACCAAUGUCUUAGAGAUAUCGUUAAUGGAUGCUAACUACACAAUAGAUGAACAUCUGUGCAUGAGAGAAAUUUCACUGAACGAUAUACCGUUACAAACUAAAAUACGCAAAAAAAUACAAUUUAAUGACACAUCAGAAGUGGAAAUAGAAAUGUUUGCAGUUGUCGAUGAUAAUCCUAAAUUACGAUAUAGUUUAGCUUUAUGUGAUGAAGAAAAAGAGUUUGUUAGUCUAAGGAAGAGGAAGAUCUUUCUAGCCAUGAAAUCUAUUUUAAAGGAAGAUAGUCCGAGAAACGUGAGAGAGGUACCAACUAUUGGUGUACUUGGAUCUGGAGGAGGUUUCCGAGCUAUGACAGCGUUUAGUGGUGUAUUAACAGCGUUAGUUGAUAGUCAUAUACUAGACAUGGCUACUUAUGUGGUUGGUUUAUCUGGAUCUGCCUGGUAUAUAUCUCAAUUAUAUUCCAAUCCUGAGUGGCCACUCAAAACUCCCGGUGAUUUAAAUCAACAACUCAAACUAAACAUAGAUUCAAGUCCCUUCUGGUUAAUCAAGCCUCAAAGUAUGUACAGAUAUAUGAAAUUAAUCAUGGAAAAACGACGACAUGGACAACCAGUCUCUUUUACUGAUUUUUUUGGUCACCUUGUAGGAGAAACUAUACUGAAAGGGAGAUUAGAAAGUCGGUUAUCAGAUCAGCAGAGUAAAGUAAAUGAAGGGUCAAUACCGAUGCCGAUAUAUACAUGUUUACAUGUUAAAAAACAUGUUUCAGCCAUGAUCUUUCACGAAUGGAUGGAAUUCUCACCAUUUGAAAUAGGAAUGCCAAAAUAUGGAACUUUUAUGAAACCAGGUCUUUUUGGAAGCAAAUUUUUUAUGGGCCAGUUAGUGAAAUCCUUUCCUGAACCACCUUUACAUUUUCUUCAAGGUAUUUGGGGCAGUGCAUUUUGUAUUCAGUUUAAACGUUUAUUACAAGAUGAUAAGAAAGUGGAUGUAGCCCAAUUGAUGAGGCAAGAAAGAGAAGAAUUAGAAAAGGAGCUUCAAGCAGAAAUGAAUUCCCAGCAAGAAGAAGACAGCGAGGCCAGUGAGACAGAAGAAAGUGACACAGAGAACAAUAAAACGAAAAGAAAGUCGAUAAAAGCCAAACCAAGUUCGUCUACUAACGGAGACUGUAAAGAUGGAAAAAGUAAAACAUUUUGGUCCGGGAUGUUGGAGAAGUUAUUUGAUAGUACGAUUUUACAAAGUAUAGAAGGACGAGCUGCUAUGGUGCAUAAUUUUAUGCGUGGUUUAUCAAUGUCGUCCAUGUACAGUUAUUCCCCCUUCUCACAUCAACAAUCUGUCGAUGAGACCCGUGAUACGUUUGAUGGUAUAUUUGAGAUGUACCCAACAAAUAUAAAGAAGUUGUAUGUUGUUGACGGUGGUUUAACAUUCAAUUCACCCUAUCCACCAUUACUACGACCCCAGAGAGCCGUCGAUCUACUUUUAUCGUUUGACUUCAGCGCUCGACCUUCUGAUACAACACCUCCUUUCAAGGAAUUGUUAUUGGUCGAGAAAUGGGCCAGAUUAAAUAAUAUUCCUUUUCCUCCGAUCGACCCUACAAUUGUUGAUAGAGAAGGAUUAAAAGAGUGCUAUGUUUUUAAGGAUCCUAAUGACCCCCACUGUCCGACUGUUUUACAUUUUACCUUAGUUAAUAUCACAUUCCGUGAAGAGAAGAUGCCAGGAGUAAAACGUGAAACAGAAGAAGAAAAGGAGUUUGCUAAUUUUGAUUUAUUUGAUGAUCCUGAGCGACCAUAUUCAACAUUUAAUUUUAAAUACACCCACCAGGCGUUUGACAGACUCACAAAGUUAACGGAAUUCAACACCUUAUUGUACAAAGAUACGAUCCUCGCCAAUAUUAAAGAACGAAUAAAACUGCGAAGACGUCACAGUAUACGUCGUCCGUGUAAAAUCAGAGAUAUCCAGAAAUUAAAUCUCCGUGACAAAUUCAAAGAAGGCGCUUUAGAAGCGUUCAUUAGGUCGAUCGAUGAACAGGAGCAAGACCAGACAAGCAACGAAAUCAAACCAGAAUCAUAAUCAACUUAGCAAGGAUAAAUUAUUAUCCAUGGACAUCAAACUUGAAAAAAAUAAAUUGUUAUCCUUGGACAAAUUUUUAUUCAGGCACAUGCUACUUGUAAUGGGCAAAUGUUAUUCAUGGACAUCCUACUGGAAAUGAAUAAAUUGUUAUUCAUGGACAUCUUACUUGAAAUGAACAAAUUGCUUUACAUGGACUUCCUACUUGAAAUGAACAAAUUGCUAUGCAUGGACUUCUUACUUGAAAUGAACAAACUGUUAUUCAUGGACAUCCUACUUGAAAUGAACAAAUUGUUAUUUAUGGACGUUCUUUUUUAAACGAACAAAUAAUUAUCCAAGGACCAUGGACAUCCUACUUGAAAUGAACAAAUUGUUAUUCAUUGACAUCUUACUCGAUAUGAACAAAUUGUUAUCCAUGGACUUCUUACUUGAAAUGAACAAAUUGUUAUCCAUGGAUGACUACUUGAAAUGAAUAAAUGGUUAUCAAUGGGCAUUAAACUUGAAAUGAACAAAUUGUUAUUUAUGGAUAUAAUACUUGAAAUGAAUAAUUAUUAUUUCUGAACUACACAACUGAAAUGAACAAAUUAAUAUUCACGGACAUCCUACUUAAAAUCAACAAAUUGUUAUUUAUGGACAUUCUUUUUGAAAUGAACAAAUUAUUAUCGAUGGACCAUGGACAUCCUACUUGAAAUGAACAAAUUGUUAUCCAUGGACAUGUGAUGUGAACACAAUACAAUAUAUACUAAAAGUAAAUUAUAUUAAUUAUGAUGUGAUAAAUAUUGUUAUCAACAAUAUGUGAAUAUUAAAUUACAUGUAGAUAAAUAUAUAUUAAUUUAAAAAAGUUUAUUUUUGUAUAAAAAAUGUCAAAUGCACAAUAUGUAAAUACCCCAAUAUAUAAUUUAACAUAUUUUCAAUAUUUAUUGUAAAAAAAAAGUCUUGAUUCACAUGACUACAAUGUAUAAGUAGAGCCAGGGCUGACCAGAUCAAGGCAAAUUUAGGGCCCUAAUACCCCUCUCCCAUCUUAGUAUGACAUUGGGGAUACCAAUGUAUAAAGAAUUAAAUAGAUAUGGGUCCCGGAGCGAUGUACCGACUGCGCCCGCUCUGCUUGGCCCUGAGAAGUGCUAAACUUGCCUAUUGCAGGUCUUUUCUUGGCUUCAAGUGUUAUGUAAACUAUUUAUUCACUUGAUGACAAGUCCAUAAUUAACACCCUUGGCGAUAUAAUGGCUUAGAUAUUGAGUGGAUUAGACAAUACUUGCCAUUUAUGCAUUUAAAGAUAACAUUAAUGUGGCUGGAGAGUGAAGACUGCUGAUGAAGAACUGAUAAUCAAGACUUAUCAUGACAAUGGAACUUGUCAAUCGAGAAUAUGAACGGCAGACCAAUCUGCCAAUCACGGCUAUUCUUGUCAAAACUUCAAACCGACAUUCAUAACUUCGCUCAGAAUAAAGUAAUUUGACUGAAAUUUUGAAUAUAUUUAUUUUUCAUUAUCUAUUUUUGAACUGUUAUAGUAAAAAUUUACAGCUCUUUCUCUAAAUCUUGCAUGAUAUAAUGUAUCUUCAAUAAUACAUUUUGAAAGAAGCGAGAGAAAUUUUUAAAUUAAAAAGAUAUCUUGUUUAAAAAGUAACAUCAAAUUCUCGCGUACGACAUUCCUCUAAGUAAUUCCUCUUGAAUUUUCUGUCGUAAAAUACAUAAUGUAAAUAUUUUACUUAAUCACUGUAAAUACCUCAAUAUAUAUGUUUAUUAUAAAUAAUGUCUUGAUUCACAUUGCAUACAAUGCAUAUAUAUGUACUUGAACUUAAUUUUCUUAAGUCAAAUAAAUAUUACGGUAAAUAUUUUAA